AUGUUUAGCUUGGAGAAAAGAAGUGAUAGGAAAGCCAUCUUCAAAUAUCUGUAGGGCCAUCACAUGGAAGGGGAAGUAAGCUUGUUUGCUGCUGCUCCAGAGGAUAGGACCUGAACCAAUGUAUUCAAAUCUAAAGAUAGGAGAUUCCAACUAAACAUUAGGAAUAACAUUGUGACAGUAAGAGCUGUGGGUCAAUGGAAUGGAUAACCUUGGAGGUGGUGGACGCUCCUUCAUUGGAGGUUUUUAAACAGUGGUUGGGUAGCCAUCUGCCAGGGAUUCUUUAGCUGUGACUCUUGCAUUGCAGGUGGUUGAACUGGACAAUCAAUCCUUGGGAUGCCUUCCAGCUCAGUAGUUCCAUGAACACUCCUUGUUUUCUUUUCAGGAUUCCUAAAUGAACCUCUCAGAUGUUGAUAGACAGGUAUCGUGGCCAGGAUCCAAAGAACUGUGCAACUAAUUCCAGUAUGCCCAAUGGGGCUUUUGGGGCUCACAUUUCUCCAAUAGCAGUCUCCAAUGCUUCUUGGGGAAAGUCUUUUGAAAGCUAGUAUGUCUCACACAGUUCUUUGGGUCCUAACUCUUGGAAAUAAUACAUCUGGAAUGAAAUUGAUUUGCUCUAUAACUCUGAGCUUAAGUUUUGGGAACUGGGUCUUGAAGCCCAUUAAGCUAAGGAGAAUUGUAUGCUUGGAGAAGGUGCUCAGAGCAACCUUUGGUCCUUCAGGUGUUGCAGAGUAAAACUCUCAUCCUCCCUGUCCCAUUGGUCAUGCUUGCUGGUACUGGUGCAAGCUGUGGUUCAGCAACAUCUGGAGGGCCAAAUGUUCUCCUGCACCUGGCCGAGAGGGUUAGGCCACAUGAGCUUUGCAACAUGUCCAAAUUCUCUUCCUUAGCAGAUGAAGAAGAAACCUCAUCAACAGACUCUGAUGAUUAUUACAGCUGGGACACAGAUGAAGAUACCAGUUCAGAUAUGAGUGGAUCUGAACAUACUUUAAGUGCCACUGUGAAGACAAAUAUCCAAAUGGGAGAGCAGGGAUUAGGCUUAAUCCUCAUUCAGAACGGGCCCUACAUCCAGAUCUCAAGCCUGGUAGAGAAAAGUGCAGCAGUAAGAGAUGGGAAACUCCAACCAGGUGACAUCCUGAUUAAAAUUGGGCAUGCUAAUGUCCUAGGGUGGACACUACGAGAGCUAAGGCAGCUUCUGCACACCACCCUCAUUGGGACCGUUCUGCAGAUCCAAGUUUACAGGGAAUUUAUGAAAUUACCGGUCCGAUGGGAAACUGCCAUCGACAGCAUUCCUGAAAGAAAGGGAACCAAGCUAGGAGAGACGUCAACUUACACCAGUGAAGAAGCUUGGUCGAGCAGCGAAGACUCUGAAGAUUAUGAUUACGGCUGUCAUGUUAGUGACGACGAGGAGCUUAUUGGUGGGGGCCAUGUCGUCAGCUUCGGUAGUGAUGAGAUCUAUACUACAACCGAAGUCACUGAGGUUCCUGUUAACAGAACUGUACAUGCCGAUGCUUUUCCUAAUGUCAAAGCUGUACCAUCACUUUCUUUUGAAACUUCUAAGCAACCCAAGUGGAUCUCUAAAGAGUGGCACAUCUUUGAAAGGAAAACCUACACAUUUACCGUGGGCUCAGACAUUGGUAACGACAUUAUCAUUCAUAAAGAUUUUGAAGAUGAAAGUGAUGCUGACAUUUCAAGUUUGUAUUUAACGUCCUCGUCGCCAUAUUGGACUAUGCUAAAAGGUGUUGCGCCGCCAUCAUUAUCAUCUUCCUCCUCUACUGUGUCGGAUGCAUUUUGGCUCGAAAACUUUUCUCAAGAAGUUGAAUGAGGCAACUGGAUCCAGUUUUGCACCGCCAGGAACUGGGUUUCUGAAACUGGAUCUAGUUAUAAGCUGGAUUUUCACUCAUACAACCUCUCUGCCAACUGAUGGGCGAACAGGGAACUUGGGUGUUUGAAAGAAGCGAUGCUCCCUCUUUCGAGGGAGGGAGAGAAUAAUCUCAACAGUGGAGAAAUAACUACAGUCAGUUUUCAUAUAGACAUGUCUCUGGAAGUCUAGCAGCCAAGCUAUGUAGCACAACUGCAAGAGCAGAACUUAGCCAGCUUCUGCUUGUGAAGGUCUCUGUGGCAGUUGGCAAAAGAGAAAAAUGAGAAGCAAACCCAGACACAGAGGACUGCAAACUCCCCAAACGCAAAGGGUAACACCAGCAAAGUGCCAUCGGAAGUGUGGGCGGAUGGAAACAUUUAGGGUCAACACUUCACAGAUACAGCUCUGAUGGGUAUCCCAGAGACUGGGAGUCACCGGAGCAAAGUCCUGUCCCUCAGAAUUAGGGUUAUGAGGACUGCUGGCCAACUCAAGAAGUGGGUCACCUAUUUUGUCAGCGCUACAGAAAACAGGAAGAGGGGAAACCGUUCUAAAUACAAAGCUGCUGAUUAUGUUGUAAUCUACAGGCACCUUACUUACAUUCACAAUGUCAGCAGUGGCCACAGAAUCAAUCUUUUCGGCCGCAGCACUUGGUGAUGUGUAUGCCCCAGAUGCCAGGGCCUGAGAGCCAAUUUCAUCAAGCAAGCCUUCUGAAGACUCCACAGACAUCAAGUAAGCCGCCUUCAGCUGGUUUCUGUCAAGAACAUUGAGGAAAAUGAGCAUAGCAGCCUGCUUAGGAAUCUGUAAAUAUGAUGGCAGACAAUCGGCAGGAAAAGUAUAAUGUGGAGUGCAUUUAUUUACACUGUCUUACUUGCAUUUGCAAUGCACUUUGUAAUUCUGACAAGUUACAGGAUGCCUAUUACUUUAAAACAGUCCGUGAGACUGGAAAUCACAAGGCAUUCUUGAAGGCAGGCAUGAGAGAAGAUCCAGCUUCAUGGGAGGAAAAACAACCCUCAGUUAAAUAGGUCAAAAAAAAUCUUGUAAUCAUGUAUUUUAUGAAAUCAUGUAAAACCUAACAAUUUGUUAGAUUUCCAUAGUUUAAGAGUAAAGUAGAUUUUCUGUA